GAAGCUCUAUACAAUUAUAUUACGAUAUUUAUUAUAGAGAAUCAUUUUUAUGCUUUCCAGGUUGACUUCAUUCCGAAAAAAUACAUCUAUAAUGUUUAUAAACAAGCAGAUAGCACUUAUUGGAUGGAAUCAAAGUGCUAAGAUUUCAAAAUGCCCCCUCAUUACUUUAAAUGCUGCCCGAUUCAUUUCAUGUCGGCCUUUCAUAUAUGGACAAAAUUUUCAUUCUCAAAAUUGCAAUCAUAAGAAAGAAGAGAAUAACACCAAUGAGGUAGCUCUAUCAAUUUUCAACAGAGCUUUGCAUUUUGAAGAUAAGAUUGCUUUAAAAGAUCAGUUCGGAUUGUAUACUUAUUCCUCAUUAUUGCAAGCCAGUAUAAAGUUGUCCAAGGAGUAUGGAGAGAAUUUACAGGGGAAGUUUGGCGAAAGAGUUGCUUUCCUGUGUCCAAAUGACAGUUCUUAUAUCUUUGCUCUCUGGGCAUCAUGGAUUAAUGGGCAAAUUGCUGUUCCGUUGAGUCCCUUACACCCUGAAAGUAUGCUGGAAUACUAUGUUGAAGACUGCUCUGCUCAAUUACUUGUAACCACCUCUGAGUAUGCUCCACUUUUAGAGCCUAUUUCGUCAAAGGAAGGUAUCAAAUUAAUUGUUCUGGACAAAUCUCUCAGAGACGAUGCUGUUGCAACCGAAAUAAAUAACGGAUCUGAAGUGAAAAUGGAAACAUGUGAGCCGAUCAUCUCUCAUCAAAGUUUCCAACUUCCAAACAGGUUCUACGAUGAAAACGAUGCUCUAAUAAUUUACACAUCUGGAUCAACUGGAAUGCCCAAAGGAGUUGUAGUUUCUCAUCGCAGUUUACAAACACAAAUUGAGAACAUGUUGACGGCUUGGAGUUGGAGGGCCAGUGACUGUAUUCUCCAUACGUUGCCUCUACAUCAUACUCACGGCAUUAUAAAUGCUCUACUCUGUCCAUUAGCUGCUGGAGCAAAAUCGAUCCAUAAACAGAGUGUUGCUGUCGAUUUGAAAUUCUUUUUUAGAUUAUUCAUGUGUGGCUCAGCUCCGUUGCCUGUUCAGAUUUUUGACAGAUGGAAAACUAUUACAGGGCAUGCGAUCCUUGAACGUUACGGCAUGACUGAAACCGGAAUGACGUUGACGAAUCCAUUGCAAGGUGAACGAUUAUCAGGUAGAGUUGGAACUCCUUUUCCAAGCGUGCGUGUCAGACUCGUGAAUUCGAACGACGGAUCUACGUUGUCAAUAGGAACUUCGAAAAGUACAAAAUUGUUACAGAAAACUAAGGAAGACGUAGUCGCUGGAGAAUUGCAGGUGCAGGGUGAAAAUUUAUUCAAGCAAUAUUUCAAUAAGCCCGACAAAACUGCCGAAGAAUUUACAAGUGAUGGAUGGUUCAAAACUGGAGACUAUGCGGAGUACAACACAAAAAGUGAUAGCUAUGCAAUUUUGGGUCGUACUUCGGUGGACAUAAUCAAGACUGGUGGAUAUAAAGUAAGCGCCAUUCAUGUGGAGACAGCACUUCGAGAUCAUCCCGACAUCGAUGAUUUAGCUAUUAUUGGAAUUCCAGAUUUCACAUGGGGCCAAAAGGUUGCAGCGGUGAUUGUUCCAAAACAAGGAAUCGAACUUGAUCUAAUCAAGUUGAAAGAAUGGACCAAAGCCAAAUUGCCACCUUAUGAAAUUCCUUCCGUGUAUAAACUUGUCAGUAAGAUACCAAGGAACGCUAUGGGAAAAGUCAACAAACGAGAUCUCACCAAACAAUUGUUCCCCGAAGGAAGAAUGAAAGGAUUGCAAAGUCAGUGACAGCAUCGUACUUAUCCAUAAAUGAUGAUUUUAUGGGUCUUAUAAAAUGGGUAUAUCACUAUUCAUUCCUUGCUCAAUCAUAAUCCAAUUUUAUUAUUCAAGUUGGGCCUGAAUUUGUACAAUUGUUUCAGUAAGGUGUAUUAUUUUUUUGCGCUCGUAAAGUUAGUUAUAGGGACAAGUAGAGUUAUAUUUGACUGCUGUAUAAAAACAAAGCUUGUCCAUCAAAACGAAUCGCUCAUUCACAUGAAAUUUUUGGCUGUAGCUUUUAUCUCAGGCAGGGGUUAGACCAAAUGAACAUAGAGCUAGGGCUACUUUAUAGUCCAGGAAAUUGUGUCGAAGAAAGUGUCAAAUUCACAAAAAAAAUGGCAUCAUAUACGCUCCAUGCGAUGAUUGGUUUGACUGCUCUAGUGCAUUAUUGCAUCUUGUUACUGUGAACAUCUGCUAUUUAUGCCUUCUUCUGCAACUAAUCUAAUUGACAAAAAAUUAGUUAGGCUAUUUGACUCAAAAUUACUUUAAUACGGUAUGUGUAACUAUUACCCGCCUAAUCCGAUCUUACACAGCAACUACUGCAAUUUUGCAUAGAUAUAAAACUGAAUAUAAUUUGCCAUUUUCUGUAAAUUGAUUCUUCACGUCGAUUCAGAGUCCAGACACAGACCUUAUCAUUAGUCUGUGCUCGUGGCUGUAACAACUGUAUGUAGUAUGGGUAUGUGUGGGGGUGGGGGUGUUAGGGAGCUCUUAAAACAUUAGUUAGUUUUUCUGGCUGUGAUAUUUAUUUUAGCUGAAAUUUUUGAAGGCGAGUGAGGAAGGCUAAUUUUUAUAGAACGGCUUGUAGAGUGAGAACAGACUAAUGAGCGCAGAUUAAUUUAGCGCACAGACUAAUGACACUAUCUGUACCUGGGUAUACCUCACUUUGAGGUGGCAUGGCCUUGUGACAUCGUCACACUUCACUCUAUUCAAACUUCAAUGUGGUGGUUCACAUUAUUAUUGCUAUAAAUUAUGAGCCUCAUUCCUCAAGGUCCAUUUAAGUUUUCCCAUUCGUUUCAAGGAAACUUUUUCAAUACUUUUUCCAUUGCUUCUUCAGGUGUCAAAGGCACAAAUGCAAGCUGAGAAGUUCUUCUAUGUACUGUCUUAUUCUUUGGACUUUAUCAAGACUGUGAGAAUCACGAUAUAAAUUGCUGUGCUUUUUACGGAUAAGUUUGUUUCUAAUUUUUGAAUCAACGUUUUUUAAAGUACCUGACUCAUUAUUUCACAGCUUAAACGUGUUUAGUGAGUGUAAUUUUGUUAUUUGAUUUGGUUUCAAGCAAUAUAGAUUCAAAAGUUCUUGUUGUCAAAUGUUUGCACUGAAAAUUGGACUCAAAAUCACAAGUGAAUGAAUCAUAACCCACUUUUCGGAGUAUUAAUCAAAAUUUGGGGAAAGAACAAUUUUGGGCUGUGCCUGUUGGUCCUUCUUCAAUCAUUUUAAUAAUUUGUUCUUUGUAUUUAAAUAAAUAAAUAUUUUCAAGUAUAUAUAAGAUAGUAAUCCUUGUAUCUCUCAUUUCUCGAUAGAUAAGGAUAGUGAACGUUUCUAAAUCAAUGCUUGAAAAGUAUUUAUCUAUUCAAUACAAUAUUAAAAAUCAUUUUAAUCUCUGUAUAAAGUUGAGCCAAUUCCAAGGGCAAGCCAUAUUAUGCGUUUUCAGACAGCGGUUUUAGAGUCGGCAGGGCAGGAGCUCCUCUGAUUGGCUAAUUGGGUGAAAAAUUCCUGAAAACCCGUUUAAUGAGGUAUGGCCCUUACUGUGUCAUUAACUGGACAUUCACCUUGAAUUUACAGAUUAUAGAAUGAGUGUUAUUACAUGUUCAUCAAGUAACCGAUAGAAUUUGUUCAGUUGAAUGAGAUUGUAAAAAUGAAUAAGUUGAACAACAAAUGUUUUCAAUAUUCUUUAUAUUUCUAAAUUCGGAAAAUAGACUACAUCGCAGUUAUAAUCUAAUUGAAGGACUCAUGAGCAUCUAUUAAAUUUACAUGAGUUACAUCACAUAAUAUUAUUUAUUGACUAUUAUUAUAAUUAGGUCGAUCUAUGCGAGUCAUUGCUUUUGAUUAGAAACAAAUAAUUUAUCUUAAUAAAUAAGAAACAGUCGUCCGAAAUAGAAAAAAAUGUUCGCUUUGAAAAUAGAAAAAAAUGAAAUUAUUCUUUCUAUAAAAAUAACAUUUUUAUUCAACAUAAAGGUCUUUUCCAAUAAAAAAGUACAGAAGAUUCUAAAGAAUUACUAAUAUAAUUAAAAGAAUACUGCUCAUUCAUUAGAAAAUUAAAAAAAAAGAUUCUUCAAGUCAUCGGUUAUAAAACAGCGGUAUGCUAGAUAUUAUUUGACAUUCAUACAGAUUAUAACAAUAUUAAAAAUUACAUAACGCUGAUAUUAUGAUUUUAGUCACAAGAUUGAAACUAUUUAGUCUUUUUUCAAAUAAACUUAAUGACAAGUCGUGAGAAUCAAACUGCAAAAUGUGAUAUAAACAUGUUAGGCCUAUGCAUGCGUAGCGCUGUACUUUAUAACCGCAACAAAAUUACAAAUUCACUAAAAUCUGAUAAUAAAUUAGCUCGAUUAUUAUCUAAAAUAAAUAAAAACAAUACAAAAUGUUCACACAAAUAAGAUUUCAGCUAGCUUUCCUGAGUAAAAUAGUAAAACAGUCUUUGAAAGAAAUGCGUAAGGAAUGUGAGAAUGAAACCGACAAUAGUAACGAACCACCUUAGACCUAGUCAUAACCCCAUUCGGAACACACUAGGCCUAAGGUCAUCCUGUUAGAUCAUUAGAUCUAUUCGACUGUUUAAACGCCAUAAUCGCACUGUAUUAUCGCUGCAACAGAAAAAACAAAUUUCAAAAUUAGUUUGAAAUAUUAAUUUAUUGUUAUAAAUCCAUGAUAAUUA